AUGGGUAGAAAGGCUGAGGAAGAGAAGGUUUUUUUUAUUCCUGAAUCAACUCAUCGUCUCUUCAAGUCUUCAUUGAGUUCUGCUCCCGCUCCUAUUGUGACGUUGUUUGCCCUCGCUCCUGCCUUGCUUCAUCUGCGAGACUGCGAAUUUACAUUUCGACUUCCAAGUUCUAACCGGCGUCCGACAAGGAGGCAACCAUCUUCAUUCUCCAUCGACGUUGUGUUAUACCACUACUCCAGCAUCACCAUCAAACGACGGAUAAUCGGCGGUCAAUUGAGUACAUUGACGUUCAAUCAGAAAAUGGAAAAGAUUGACUCAGUGAGUGAACAACCUUCAACACCAAUUGGUUCUACAAAUGUUGAUGUUGAACAUGAUAAUACAAGUCCAAAUGUUCCUUCCUUUGAAGAAUCACUUCAAUCAGAUGCGGUAAAUCCUCCAAACAAAAGACAAAAAAGCAUUGCUUGGGAUCAAUUUGUUAAAGUUACUGUUAAUGGGAAACUGAAGGCACAAUUUGGUUGUGGGAAAUUGUUAACAAAGAUGAAGGUGUGCAAUUUACCUCAGAUAAUCAUGCAACUAUUUUUGAUGAUUACGACACAGACAGUGAAACUUGAUGGUGAAUAUAUGAUAAAUGAUGGUUCGAUGCGAAAGUUGGAAUUGAAAUUUGUCUGA